AUGACGGAAGGCCCAUCCAAGCUCCCGGGUCUUCCGGGCUUCCAUCCGGAGACCAUUCAGCCCUGGAUAGUGGCCGUGGAGGUCUCGGUCAAUGUGCUGGCCGUGGUGUCGGUCGGGAUGCGCCUGCUGAGCCGGCGCAUCAAACGUUGGCAAUUGUGGUGGGAUGACUACACCAUCAUCUUUAGCCUGAUGUGGAACCUGGUGGUCGUCGGCUUCGCCUUUGCCAUGUACAGCAACGGCAUGGGACUUCACGCCGACAAGGUGCCUGUGGGUAACAUAGUCAUGAUGGCCAAGUGGCUCGUAGUAGCUGAGAUCCUUUAUGCGUGGAACCUUGUCUGGACAAAGAUCAGCCUGUUGCUCAUGUACACUCGGAUUUUCCAGACCAACCUUGUCCGGCGCAUCUGCAUCGGCAUCGGAAUCUUGAUCGUCUGUUGGGGCUUCACCGUCAUGUUCCUCUUCAUCUUCAUCUGCUUCCCCGUCCAGAAGCUGUGGUACCCAGAUAUCCCCGGUCACUGCAUCAACCAGGUUGCCACAUGGAUCGCCAACGGCGUCUCGACCAUCCUGACCGACAUCGCCAUUCUAGUCAUCCCCUUCACUCAGGUCUGGAAGCUGCAGCUGAGCCGGGCGGACAAGAUCGGGUUGACGGUUGCCUUUGGCUCAGGUUUCUUCGUCGUUUUUGCAUCAACCUACCGCGCCUCUAUCCUCUUCACCUACAAUAACAAUGACCCAACCUACACUCUAGCGCCGACAGUAGGCUGGACGGCCAUCGAAAUGUCGGGCGGCAUCAUCUCGGCCUGCCUGCCGACCAUGCGUCCUUGCCUGCAGUAUUUUGCCCGCAAGUGUGGCAUAAAGCGCAGCCCGUUUGGUAGCUCAGAAGGCAAAACCCCGGGUCGUUCGAAUACGGACAGCAUACAGUCAGCCCCUGGGCCGCCGCCGACCCCUGGUGAGGGUAUGCUGUAUCCGAACCAACAACCCCAAACUCGCAACAAGCCGCGGUCGAUGACCAUCUCAUCGCGACAUGAGCUCUACGAAGGCAAGACGGGCGUGGUUGGCAGCAUCAACGUGCGCAAAGGGAGUGCCAGCAGUGGAAUCGAUGAAAGGCUCCACGCCCACGACGAUUAUCGAGCGACGGCGGUGUCUUUGCAAAGCCCACCCGACGCCGAUCUUCGGCCCGACGUACGAGGUGUCAUGUACAGAGUGUCGAGCUACCCAUCCAACGGUGGCCGCGGCGACUCGAGAAGAAAAGGAAGCGAUGUAGAGAGUGUGAUACCGCCAAAUGGUAUCAUGGUGCAAAUGGACAUUACUCAAUCAUCAUCAAGGAUCGCACCGCGCGACCAUGAUGGCGGUGGAAGGUGGUGA